GAAUUUUUCUGGUGCAAUACAUAAUGAGCUUGUACUUGGUACUUGGAUUUGCCGAUUUCGGUCCACUGAAACCCUAACCUUCUACUCAUCUGACCUCUCGGUUUCUGUUCGGUCCUGAGAGGCUUAUCUCCAAGACUCCAUCUCGCUCUUCAAUGGCGAAGACACCCAAAACCAAAAAGCGAAGGCUUGUAAAAAAAUUCAAGAAAGACGAUCUACAACAAGAAGUCGAUACCACCUCCACCUCCAACAAAAAACCCAAAACCGAAAAGCCCCGGAAACCCCAACCCCGGCCACCACCACCACAACAACAAUCCCUAAACACUGAUUCCGAUUCCGACUCCGACUCCGACUCCCUCCCCAACCUCCUGGAGCUCUUCUCCAAAGGCCAGCUUAUCGACCUCAUCUCCAGCACCGCCCUUCAGCUCCCCUCACUCUCCCGCCUCGUUCGCCAGGUGGCCGACCGCGACGUCUCUCACCGCAAGAUCUUCGUACAUGGCCUUGGCUGGGACACCACUCGCCAGACAUUACUCUCUGCCUUUGAGCCUUUUGGAGAGAUAGAGGACUGCACCCUCGUCACGGACAAGGUCAGUGGAAAAGCCAAGGGAUAUGCCUUCGUCUUAUUCAAGACCCGGAAGAGCGCCCAAGAGGCUCUCAAGAACCCUACGAAGAAGAUCGGCAACAGACUCGCCUCGUGGCAGCUGGCUUCCGUGGGCCCUGGGGCACCAUUGCAGUCCCAGGACGUUGCGGCGCGAAGGAUUUACGUGAACAACGUGCCGGCCGAUACGGACGCCGAGUUAUUGAGACAAUUCUUCGCAAAAUUCGGGGAGAUCGAGGCGGGUCCAUUUGGGUUCGAUCAGAACACCGGAAGAUCCAGAGGCUUUGCGUUGUUCGUGUAUAAGAGCGAGACCGGUGCCAAGAAGGUUCUGGAAGAGCCGUUUAGAACAUUUCAAGGGCACCGAUUGCAUUGCCAGAAGGCAACCGAUGGGAAGGGCAAGAAUCUGGUGCAGGGGCAUGUGGCGGCACAACCACCGUUACAAGCGCAGCGAGCACCGGUUUUGGCAGCGGCACAGAAUUCGUCGCUGUUUGGGCAGCAUCUGAACCUGAACCCAUUGUACAGCGGGUUCAUUCCGAGUCCAGAAGCCGGGUUCUUGGCACCUGCAGGGGUGUUGAACCCGAGCGUGACGACCACCCAGUUAGGGGGAAAUCAGUCUUUCUUCGGGGCCCACGGCGUGUCAGGUGUGGGUCUGCAGCACUUGUAUCCAAACAUGCAGGUGGGACAGCCGAGUGCCGGUAGGAAUCAGGGCGGUGGUGGCUCUAUCAGUGGAUACCCUUCAUAUAUGUGAUGAAGUGCUGCUGAACUUGAGGAUUGAUGUCCUAAGAGCUUGUUCUGGGUCAACAUUUAUUGUUGUGGAAGUUUUACUCAUAGGGAAAACUUUUGAACUCUAAUAUAACUAUCCAGGAUCUCAUAACUUAGCCAACUUGAGAAAUAGUUGGUUGACUUCUUUUAUUAUUUUUUUCGCCUUUAUUUGAAUAGUUUCUUUAUCUUCCUUGUAAGGAUUAACUUUUUUCAUUUUUUUUAAAGUCAUUUCGUUUUAUUGUUA